ACACAUUCAUUCUCCAAAAACUCAAAACCAUCGAAGAAAGAUCAUAGAAAACUCAAGAACAAUCAAAGAACUCCAAAACAAUGGAGAACAAGGAUAACAAGAGAAAAGAGCAACCUUCAUCAGCCACCACCAACCACCACCGCCGCCACCGCAACGUGAAACCAAAGCUUGCGGCGGUUACUCCUCCCAAUCCAGAGCCUCAAGAUCAAGAAAUCAGAGAAUUGCAGACACUCUCUCUCUUCCCUACCGAACCUUCACCUUCUUCCAAUCAUUCACAAGAUCCAGAGUUUUCAUCGCCACCACAGCCACCACCGGCACGGGCCGUCACCGACGACCUCAACAUAGUCAUCACUCCUCCCUUUCCAUGGGCCACUGAUCGUCCAGCGAAAAUCCACACACUCCAAUAUCUCAACCAAAACAAGAUCUUAACAAUCAACGGAGACGUUCAAUGCGGAAGCUGUGGCAAAAGAUUCGAAAUGGAGUUUGAUUUAAAUAAAAAGGUUGCAGAGAAUGGCAAGUUCUUGAAGGAUCAUGGAGCUUCCUUGCAUAGUAGAUGUCCAAAAGAGUGGAGGAACCCUAAUCCGAUUGCAUGCAAAUUCUGCGGCGAAGAAAAAAGCGUGAAGCCUGUUAUUGGAAACCGGAAGGAACACUCCAUUAAUUGGUUGUUUCUUUGGUUGGGUCAGUUCAUAGGGUUCUGCAAUUUAGAAGAUUUGAGGUAUUUUUGCAAGUACAAUAAAUUGCAUAGAACUGCAGCCAAAGAUCGCUUUGUUUUAAAGGUUUACACUGAAAUCUUCAAACAACUCAUUCAAGCCAAUUAGAAAUCAUUGUACCACGAUAUGUCAAAAUCGAUGCUUAGUUAGGGUGUAACCAGAUUUUGUUACCUAUUGAAAGAAUAGAAAAUCAUUAGUCCAAACCCUAAAUUGCUGAAUUUGUCAUGUGUUUUUUCAUUUUGUACCAAUCACAAUACUGCUCUUGAACUAUUAACAUAGCACUU